UCCGCUUUUUUUCACGCCGCUGAAUUCGUGUACGUUUUUUAUCAAUAUUGAACUAAAAUGGGGACGAAAAGACCUAGUAAUAGCGUAGUCCUGGCGCAGGAUCCCAAACGUAGCAAAAACGAAAUUGCAGCCUAUACAAAUCGCGACAAGGCACUAUUAGAAUCGGGCGUAAGGAGAACUUCAAAUCUGCAGGCGCCUAUAAUGCUAUUAGAAGGGCACAAUGGAGAAAUAUUUACCACAGAAUUUCAUCCGGAAGGUGAGCUGUUGCUCUCAUCCGGCUUCGAUCGUCAGAUUUACAUCUGGCAGGUGUACGAUGAUUGUGAGAAUGUCAUGGCCAUGUCUGGGCAUACCGGCGCCGUAAUGGAAGCGCAUUUCACACCUGACGGCUCUCACAUUUUCACCUGCUCCACGGACAAAACGCUCGCAAUUUGGGAUUUGGUGACAGGCCAACGUGUGCGUCGUCUGAAGGGCCACAGUAAUUUCGUGAAUAGCGUGCAGGGCUCGCGACGCGGCCAGCAACUAUUGUGUUCCGGCAGCGAUGAUCGGACGAUACGGAUAUGGGACGUUCGCAAGAAGCAGGCAGUGCACACGUUGGAGUCGCCAUACCAGGUGACAGCGGUUUGCUUUGGUGAUACAGGGGAGCAGAUCAUCAGUGGCGGCAUCGAUAAUGAGGUCAAGGUGUGGGACGUGAGGAAGCAGCAAGUUCUGCACCACUUGCGUGGGCAUACAGACACCAUUACGGGCAUGUCGCUAUCGCCGGAGGGCGAUUUCGUGCUCACCAACGCCAUGGACAACACGCUGCGUGUCUGGGAUGUGCGCCCAUAUGCGCCGGGUGAACGUUGCGUCAAAGUCUUCCAGGGCCACCAGCACAACUUUGAGAAGAAUCUGUUACGGUGCGCGUGGGCGCCAGGUGGGGACAAAAUCUCGGCCGGCUCCGCCGAUCGCCACGUCUACAUUUGGGAUGUGAACACCAGACGUAUUCUGUACAAGCUGCCCGGACACAAUGGCAGUGUCAAUGAUAUCGACUUUAGUCCGCGUGAACCGCUUAUAUUGUCCGCAUCUAGCGAUAAGACUCUGUACCUAGGCGAGAUCGAGGAUUAGCGAGUAUCACAAAUAAGUUUUAUUCCCCAUUAUCAUUAUACAAUGCAAGUCAAUAAAUAUUUUGUAUGUAAAAAUCCA